AUGGCGUCCCUGCAGCCGUUCGAUCUGACGGAGUUUCUGCAGCUGAAAGAGGCUGUACGUCCCGAGCAAGCGGAAAAUGCCGCAGGGCAGACGGCCGCCGCGGCGCUCCCCGUGACCGUGGCGGAAACCUGCCGCGCGAUGGCGGAGUGUUUGCGCGCAACGAGCGCGCUGAUCGUGCGCGACCCUCGGUGCGCACAAGCGGACAACGACCGGUUUCUGGACAUGAUGGAGUCGUACUUUGCGCAGCCCAAGACGACCAAGCUUGCGCACUCGCGGCCCGAGCUCCACUAUCAGCUUUCCGCCGUGGCGCAAGUGGUCCAAGCGUGUCUCAACGACCGGUUUCUGGACAUGAUGGAGGCGUUCUUCGCGCUGCCUGUCGCGACCAACGACCGGUUUCUGGACAUGAUGGAGGCGUACUUCGCGCAGCCCGGGGCGACGAAGCUCGCGCACUCACGGCCGGAGCUGCACCAUCAGCGCCCUCUGUUUGUCGUGUGCCUUCCCCCACACAUCCCCCCCGCGCCAACCCCCGCGUCUUCCCCUCCCCCACCCCGCGCCGUCCGACUUGCGCCAUGCGCGGCGCAGAUGGGAGUGACCCCCGAGGGCGUGGAGAUGCCGCAGAGCGCGCUGGACGACGCGGUGAAGGCGCGCAUGGCGCAGCUUCCCGCGGACACCCGCGUCUAUCCGCCCUCUGUUUCCGGUGUGCCUGCCGUACCCGCACCUCCGCUCCCAAUCCUCACCUCCCUGCCCCGCCCCCCCCUUCCUCCCCUCCCCCGCGCCCUCCCCCGCGCCCUCUCCCGCGCCCACUUCCGCGCCCUCUCCCGCGCCUUCCCCGGACCCGAGCAGGUGGGAGUGACCCCCGAGGGCGUGGAGAUGCCGCAGAGCGCGCUGGAUGACGCGGUGAAAGCGCGCAUGGCGCAGCUCCCCGCGGACAGCCGUCCCCACGCGCCCUCCGGACCCGACUGCAAGUGGCGCUUCAUGUGGCGCGUCGGACCCCGCCCCGCGCGCACAAGAUAUCAGGAGCUGAACGCGAGUCCAGUGGUGCCGGAAGGGUUCCCUCAGUGGGCGUCGGUGAUGGAUGGGUGGGGAUGCAAGAUGACUGCUGCAGUGGAGGCGGUGGCGGAGAUGCUGGCGAUCGGAUUUGAUCUUCCACAGGACUCAUUCACCUGUCGCAUGCACAUGUUCCUGCACUCCCCUCGACCCACCUCCCCACUGCUUUCUCACCGUCGCUCCAACCUGCUGCCGCUUCUCCACCCCUCCCCAGGGCCCACACCUGCUGGCUCCCACAGGCAAUUUCCCGGCCUCCGCAUCUGGCUGAGAGAUGGCACCUGCUGCCGUGUCUCGGUGCCUGAUGGCUGCCUGCUGCUGCAAGCAGGGAAGCAGAUGGAAUGGCUGACGGGAGGAGAGGUGCCGGCGGGAAUGCAUGAGGUGGUGGUGGAUGAGGGCACAGUGGUGGCGGUGCAGAGAGCACAGCAGCAGGGACGCAGCCUCUGGCGAGUCUCCAGUACGGUUUUUGCACAAAUAGCAUCAGAUGAGAUCCUCACGCCCAUUGGGCACUUCGCCACUAGCAAACUGGCAUCUAGCUUUCCACCCAAGCCUGCUGGAGAGUUUGUGGAGGAGGAACUAGCAGCCAUUCAGUUGAAAACCACCAGUGGAGGUGGCUGA